ACCUUCCCCUUUUUUUUUCCUAUUCUCCUGCUCGUCUCUGUACCUGGAGCUUUUUACUUCAUGUUUAUUGGAGUUCUCUCAAAGCAUCGGUCUUUCCCUUCUUCUGAAAGUGAAAACGAAUAGAAGAAGAAGAAGAAGAAGAAGAAGAAGAAAGAAAGCAAGAUGGCUAAAGAGCUCCAGGUGCUGAACGCACUAGAUGCUGCCAAGACCCAAUGGUACCACUUCACGGCGAUUGUCAUCGCCGGCAUGGGCUUCUUCACCGACGCCUAUGACCUCUUCUGCAUCUCCCUAGUCACCAAGCUUCUUGGCCGGAUCUACUACCACAUCGACGGCUCCAGCACCCCUGGCACGCUCCCGCCGAACAUCGCGGCCGCCGUCAACGGCGUGGCCUUCUGCGGCACGCUCUCCGGCCAGCUCUUCUUCGGCUGGCUCGGGGACAAAAUGGGCCGGAAGAAGGUCUACGGCCUCACCCUCAUGCUCAUGGUGGUCUGCUCCAUCGCCUCCGGCCUCUCCUUCGGCCACACCGCCAAGGGCGUCAUCGCCACCCUCUGCUUCUUCCGCUUCUGGCUCGGCUUCGGCAUCGGCGGCGACUACCCCCUCUCCGCCACCAUCAUGUCCGAGUACGCCAACAAGCGAACCCGUGGCGCCUUCAUCGCGGCCGUCUUCGCCAUGCAGGGCUUCGGCAUCCUCGGUGGGGGCAUCAUCGCAAUCAUCAUCUCCGCCGCCUUCAAGGACCAUUUCAAGGCGCCGCCCUACUCCGUCGACCCCGUCGGCUCCACCGUCCCCCAGGCCGACUACGUCUGGCGGAUAAUCCUCAUGGUCGGCGCCCUCCCAGCGGCCCUCACCUACUACUGGCGGAUGAAGAUGCCGGAGACCGCCCGCUACACGGCGCUCGUCGCCAAGAACGCUAAGCAGGCGGCGGCCGACAUGUCCAAAGUUCUCCAGGUCGAGAUCAUGGAGGAGCAGGCGAAGGUGGAGGAGCUGUCCAAGAACUCGUCCGGUUUCGGCCUCUUCUCCAAGGAAUUCGCACGCCGCCACGGCCUCCAUCUCCUCGGCACCACCACCACCUGGUUCCUCCUCGACAUCGCCUUCUACAGCCAGAACCUCUUCCAGAAGGACAUCUUCACCGCCAUCAACUGGAUCCCCAAGGCCGCCACCAUGAACGCCAUCGAAGAAGUCUUCAGAAUUGCCCGCGCCCAGACCUUGAUCGCCCUUUGCGGCACCGUCCCCGGCUACUGGUUCACCGUCGCGCUCAUCGACGUCAUCGGCCGGUUCAAGAUCCAGCUCAUGGGCUUCUUCAUGAUGACGGUCUUCAUGCUCGGCCUCGCCAUCCCCUACCACCACUGGACGACCAAAGGCAACCACAUCGGCUUCGUCAUUAUGUACGGGUUCACCUUCUUCUUCGCCAACUUCGGUCCCAACAGCACCACCUUCAUCGUGCCGGCUGAGAUCUUCCCGGCGAGGCUGCGGUCGACGUGCCACGGGAUCUCCGCGGCCGCCGGGAAGGCAGGGGCUAUCAUCGGCGCGUUCGGGUUCUUGUAUGCGGCGCAGAACCAGGACAAGGCUAAGGCUGAACACGGCUACCCGGCCGGCAUUGGCGUCAGGAAUUCGCUCUUCGUGCUGGCAGGUUGCAACCUGUUGGGGCUCCUCUUUACCUUCUUGGUGCCGGAAUCCAAGGGGAAAUCAUUGGAAGAGAUGUCCGGGGAGAACGAGGAGGAUGAUCCCACAUCCGAAACAACUUACAACAGGACAGCCCCGGUUUAGUUUUAAUUUGCGCGAGCAACUCUGUGGAAAUUAUUAGUCUCGCGCUUCUCAAAGCUUUUGUGUGUGAUACCAUGGGACUUCCAGACUGUUUAUUCUGUGAUCUCACCAUAUGGAAGCUAUUUUUUCAGGUUUUCUCACUAUAAGUUUUAUCAAUAAAAAAAAGUCUCUGUAUCGGCCGCUCGGUUUGUGGAGGACGACACAGCCACAUGCUUGCUUGUUUUCUGUUUGGUGUUAUCCGGAAGAACAAAGUCGUGAGAGGAUAAGCCAUCGUGGAUUCACAGGGAAUCGUUAGACUAUGUGAACAGAGUAUUUACAGUAUAAUAUAUCUGCACCCAUGUGUGCGUUCAUGAUU